AUGCAACUCGAAGCUUUGCAGCAACCUCCUCUCUCCGUCUCCCCCGAGGAAUACGAAGCGGGGAAACAAUGGAUCCUCGACACCUACAACUCCUGUGAAGCCAAGGACAUCUCUCGCCUCAAGAACUUUAUCGAAGACGAUGCUACCAUCCAGUUUUCCACUCUUCCUCAGAUCGCUACCCAAGAGCAGAAAGACGCGUGGCUCGGAUGGCUCUCAACUGCUGUGGAUCGACAUGAGCAUGUGAUUCACUCCAUCAAUGUCCUCCCAGACAGAAUCAUCAUGGACUACGACGUCGUCUACCACUUCUCGUCAGGGGAAACAGAAACGGUUGCUUUCAUCACUACAAUCGACAAAUCCACCACCUCGCCGAAGUGCAAGGGCCUCGUUAUCUCUGGAAAUAUCUCCAACGUGUUGCCUCGAUGGAUCGCUCAAGGAGGUCCACCUCCGUCGGCGUGA